UACGGAUACGCUCACAGCGUUGUUAGAUGCAGGCGCUAACAUAGAACACGCGGACGAUCAUGGCAUCACCGCAGUAAUGGCAGCAUCUCGUAGCGGUCAUACGGAUACGGUCACAGCGUUAUUAGGUGCGGGCGCUAACAUAGAACACGCGGACUUGCAUGGCUGGACCGCAGUAUUAGAAGCAGCUGCUGAUGGUCAUACGGAUAUUGUCAUAGCGUUAUUAGGUGCGGGCGCUAACAUUGAUUACGUGCCCGUGAAUGGCAAAGGCAAGACGGUGUUGAUGCAUGCUGCCAUUAGCGGUAAUACAUCGUGUGUCAUGAAGCUACUAGCAAAGCUACUAGCAACAGGUGUGCGUGUAGAGGAGAGUCGCAGUAACGAUGGCUGGACGGUGUUGGCGUGGGCUGCCUACCGCGGUCACGCAAGCAUUGUGACGAAAUUAUUGGAUAAAAUAAUGACGUGGCAUUCUGAGGACUUGCAAACAGCGUACCAGGUAGCCGUAAAUCGCGCCCGUAACACCACCAUCAACGACGGCUAUAGAGAAUCCGCCGGCGCUAUACUGGCGCACCAAUACUUUGUCAGUGAGCUCCCCGACAAUUGUGAUUGUAACAUAGCACCCUGUAAUGUGUGA